AUGAUAAAAAAUCUAUACGAAAAGCAAUGUGAUAUUCUUAAAACGUACUUUAAUAAUCUUAGCAGUAAAGUAGCACUUACCACGGAUAUUUGGACCGCAUGUACAAAUCAAGCCUACAUGUCCAUUACUCUUCACUGGAUUGAUGAUAAUUGGCAAAUGCAUCGUAUUCUACUUGAUUUAAUACCUCUUCAUGAAAGACACACAGGUACCAAUUUGGCAAACAUUAUUGAUACCAUUAUUAGUGACUUCAAUCUCGGCAAAAAAAUUAUGGCAAUUACUACUGAUAAUGCUUACAAUAUGAAUGCAUUUGGGCAAAAGUUUGCGCAGUUACUAUCUACAAAAUAUAAUAAUACUAUAUUUCGUCGUAUUAGGUGUGCUGCACAUAUCUUGAAUUUAAUAGUAAAGGAUGGUCUUAAAGAAGCUAAGGUACCAGUUAAAAAAAUCCGAGAGUUUUCGAUCACUAUACGAUCAUCUCAAUGUUUACUUGAAGAUCUAAAAGAGAUAUUUAAAAUGAAGAAACGUCCUUUUUUGGUACCUGAAACUGAUGUUAGCACUCAUUGGAAUUCGACCUAUUUAAUGAUAAAAAAAAUGCACAAAAUUCGUGAUAUAACGAAAAUUUUAAUUGCAUCACAUAAAGAAUUAAAAGAUAUCUAUCCAAAUGAGGAGGAUUGGAAAGAACUAAACAUGCUUACUAUAUUACUUGAGCCAAUUUUUGAAGCAACAUGUAUUAUCUCUGCAUCAAGCCAUCCUACUCUCGGUGAUCUUCGUAUGGUAUUGGUUGUUAUCGCGGAUAUAUUAAAAGAAGCCCAACAAGAAAAUAACACGAUAAUAAAACGGGUUGUAGAUAAGAUGGAAAAAAAAUUAAAUAAGUAUUGGAGAGAACUUAAGUCAGCUUUUCAUGAAGCCGUAAUUCUUGAUCCAAAUAGCAAAUUAGCAUCAUUUAAAGAUGAAGAAAAAUGUGAAGCAUGA